GUGUGCUUCUUCCCCACAUGAGAGCUGGGAUGUCCAGCAACAUUCAUCUAGAAGACAUUUCCCGCACUCAAGGCACUAAUACACCUCCAGGGUUGCAUGGGACCCCUGAUGUACAGGAAGACAGGACUUCAGUGAGGAACAUUUCCCUCACUCAGGAGAGGAAAGUGGCUUCUCCCCUGUGUGAGUUCUUUGAUGUCUGUAAAGUCUGGCCUUCUCUGAAAAAGAUUUCCCACACUCAGGACAGGAAUAUGGCUUCUCCCCCGUGUGAGAUCUCUGAUGUGUGUAAAGAUGGACUUCUCUGAAAAACAUUUCCCACACUCAGGACAGGAAUAUGGCUUUCUCUCCUGUGUGUGACAUCUCUGAUGUGUGUAAAGAUUGGACUUAUCAGAAAAAGAUUUCCCGCACUCAGGACAGGAAUACGGCUUCUCCCCCGUGUGAGAUCUCUGAUGUAUGGAAAGAUGAGACUUGCAUGAAAAAACAUUUCUCGCACUCAGGACAGGAAAACAGCUUCUUCCCCCUGUGUGAGAUAUUUUAUGUACAUUAAGAUGGGAUUUAUAACAGGAACAUUUCCCGCACUCAGUACAGGAGAAGCUCUUCCCUUUUAUGAUAUUUCUGAUG